AAAUAAAUAUCAUUCACAAUGCAUAUACAGGUUUAACAUUAUCAUCAGAAAACUCCUUGUUUUCAGACUAGUUUCAACUUUCAACCAAAAUAUAUAGAAUCAUGACGAUAUUUUCUUCUAAUAAACUCCUGCUUUUCACGAUGAUCCUUUUCAUCCCUUGUUGCCACUCACUUCAUACCAUAACCAUAACACCAAACCAACCCCUCAAAGACGGCCACGUUCUUGUCUCCGAAGACAAAGGAACCUUCGCACUCGGUUUCUUCAGCCCCGCAAAUUCCACAAGCCGCUACCUUGCUAUAUGGUACAACAAAAUCUCACAACAAACCGUUGUUUGGGUUGCCAACAGAGACACUCCCCUUAACCACACUUCAGCUGUUCUCUCCAUCAACAACCAUGGAAACCUCGUCCUCCACCACCAAAACACCACCCCAAACCUCAACCCUCUUUGGUCCUCCAACGUCACUCUCUCAUCUACCAACACUUCAGCCAAGCUUCUCGACACUGGAAACUUGAUUCUAAUCCAAAGAGGAAGAAGCAGCAACAAUAAUAGCAAUAGCGACGAUUUUGUUGUGUGGCAGAGUUUUGAUUAUCCCGGCAACACACUCCUUCCCUUCAUGAAACUCGGAUUGGACCGGAAAACCACCUUGGACCGGUUCCUCACAUCAUGGAAGUCCCAAACCGACCCGGGAUCCGGGAAUUUCACUUUCAGGAUCGACCCGACAGGGUUCGCCCAACUGUUCCUGUACAAGAACAAGACAGCUGUAUGGCGGGUCGGGUCAUGGACGGGUGAAAGGCUGACCGGAGUGCCCGAGAUGACUCCGAACUUUAUCUUCAACAUUAGCUUUGUUAGCGACACAAAGGAAGUUAGCAUAAUGUACGGAGUGAAGGACCCCAACGUGCUCUCCAGGAUGGUGCUGGACGAGACGGGUCACGUGAGGAGGAUGACGUGGCAAGCUCACGAGCUAAGAUGGUUCGAAUUCUGGUACGCGCCCAAGGAGCAGUGUGAUAACUACAGGCAGUGCGGCUCAAACACCAACUGUGACCCGUAUGAGGAGGACAAGUUCAUGUGCAAGUGCCUGCCGGGGUUCGAGCCCAGGUUCGAGAGAGAGUGGUACCUUAGAGAUGGGUCAGGUGGGUGCGUGAGGAAGGCUAACGUGUCCACGUGUCGAAGCGGGGAGGGGUUUGUUGAAGUGGCGCGUGUGAAGGUGCCGGAUACUUCGAAGGCGCGUGUAGAUGCGGGAUUGAGCAUGAAGGAUUGCAGGGUGAAGUGUUUGGGAGACUGCUCGUGUGCGGCGUAUACGAGUGCCAACGAGACUACUCACACUGGCUGCGUUACGUGGCAUGCUAACAUGGAGGAUACUAGGACCUACACACAAGUCGGCCAAAAUUUGUUCGUACGUGUCGCUGCAAUUGAAUUAGCUCAAUAUGCGAAAAAUCGCCAUGGUUCUCUAGGCAAGAAGGGGAUGCUAGCACUUUCAGGAGUUUCAGCUUUCUUAUUCUUGUUUCUGGUGGUCAUGUUGGGCUAUUGCUUUCUGAAAUCCAAGAAACAAGGGAGAAGAACGGAUCGCAAGUAUUCAUUUCGUCUUAGUUUUGAGGACUCUACCAAUCUACAAGAAUUUGAUAGUACGCAAAAUUCAGAUUUACCAUUCUUUGAUCUAAGCUCAAUAGCUGCUGCAACAGAUAAUUUCUCCCCUGACAAUAAACUUGGUCAAGGUGGAUUUGGUUCUGUAUAUAAGGGGCUAUUGAAUAAUGGAAAGGAAAUUGCAGUGAAGAGAUUGUCUAAAAAUUCUGGACAGGGCAUAGACGAGUUUAAAAAUGAAGUUGUUUUGAUUUCAAAGCUUCAACAUCGAAAUCUUGUGAGAAUCUUAGGUUGUUGCAUUCAAGGAGAUGAGAAGAUGCUAAUAUACGAAUACUUGCCUAACAAAAGCUUAGAUUCUUUUAUUUUUGACGAAUCUAAAAAGUCACAGUUAGAUUGGAAGAAACGAUUUCAAAUUAUAUGUGGAAUUGCUAGAGGAAUGUUAUAUCUUCAUCAUGAUUCACGACUAAGAAUCAUUCAUAGAGAUUUAAAGACUAGCAAUGUCUUGUUAGAUUCUGAAUUGAAUCCUAAAAUUGCCGAUUUUGGAAUGGCAAGAAUAUUUGGCGGAAAUCAAGUUGAAGCAAAUACUAACCGUGUUGUUGGAACCUAUGGAUAUAUGUCACCGGAAUAUGCUAUGGAAGGACAAUUUUCAAUUAAGUCUGAUGUAUAUAGUUUUGGAGUUUUGCUCCUAGAAAUCAUUACGGGCAGAAAGAAUAGUGGUCAAUACGACGACAUUACUACGACAAAUUUAGUCGGCCAUAUAUGGGAUCUGUGGAAAGAUGGGAGAGCCAUGGAGAUUGUUGAUGAAUGUUUAUUGGAAGAGUCGUCAUGUUGUGAGCAUGAAGUCCAAAGAUGCAUACAAAUUGGACUUUUGUGCGUUCAAGAUUACCCCACAGACAGGCCAUCAAUGGCAGCAGUUGUUUCCAUGAUGGGAAAUGACUCAGCCCUUCCUUCUCCAAAACAUCCAGCAUUUAUUUUCAAGAGGGGCAAAAAUUAUGAGAGUUCAGAUCCAUCGACCAGUGACGGUGUUUAUUCAGUCAACGACGUAAGUAUGACCAUCAUUGAAGCUCGCUAAAGGCCCCACAACGCUCUUUAAUUCCGUUCAUACAAUAAUCCGGUAUAGAAAUAAGUAUAUACUCAUUUGCUACACAACUUUUUCGAACACCAUGAACAAUCAUCAAUCAAAUAAAAUCACAUUAUACCUCCGAA